UGCCUACAUGAAAACCCUUGCCACUUACAGCAAGUCCCUCGAGCCAACAGCUCCUCGGACAUCUCCAUAGAAGACAGCCCGUCAUCUGCCAGUAAUCGAUUGGUGUUGCUCUCGCGAUAUCUGAAUUUGAAGAGGCUUUCCAUCCCAGUCUUGCCUCCGCCGCCGCCGGUGCUCGAAAUCUCCAAGAUGUCGACGUACUACGAAUUCCGUAUGCUAAAUCUACCGGCGCGGUAUGGUCUGUCAGCCAAGAGCCAAGCCAUGCUCAAGGCCCACGACGACUUCACGACGAGCAGGAUCACUGAGGCCGAGCUCGGACGCCUGGUCAGACUUUCCAAAGACAAUCGUACUGCGAUGGUCGAGACCAUGGUCAAGGUUUCCGAGAUCAUGGCCAAGAAGCCAGAGGAGUCGACGCACUGCCUGGCCGUCAUCAAAACCUGUGGAGAAAUCAUUGCCAUUGCAGACAAACCAGUCCCUACGAGCGGCUUCCCAUAUUUCUUCAAGCUCCCACCCGAGGUGCGGCAAAAUGUCUACCAGUACUAUCUCCGAUCCAACGAGACAACCAAGGUCCUGAUACCACACCCCAAGAAGCCAGGCGGCUGCUGGUGCGCACCACACGACAAUGCGAAAUGGAUGACCUUUACGAAAAAGUCGGUCGCGGCACUCGGUGCCAGCAAACGACUGCGUGAGGAGAUACACGCGGCGUUGUAUCAACGAUAUACUUUCCACUACCCCUGCGCCUGCGAGAUGGGGCGUAGUCUUGACCGGGACAUCGGCCUGAUGGAGAACGUCCGCAGCAUCAAGUUUCACUGGUGUGGCCCGCAGGCCGAUACCGCUAUCCUCAAGCUGAAGCAGUGCACCUCUCUAGAGUCGCUGUGUGUCGUCAUCUCGAGAAGCACGACACGACACCUCACAAAGCGAGAACAGAGCUUUCGCCCGUACUUCGGCCACAGGACGAAGGCCCUCCUCACAGAUGCGCUGGGAGUCGAUGAGCUACUCCAGCUUCGCGGCCUGAAGAAAGUCGAGGUCUGCAAUGUCGACCGGAAGCGAGCUGAUCAACGCAACAGCGACGACCGGGCUUGCCUGGCUGCCCUCUUACUUUCCAGACUAAAACUACCGCGGAAGGAUAAUGACGAGACCGCACUGUAGAUCAUCUGCGGAUGUGGCAUUCUAGCACGAUGCAACUCGCAGAGUCCCGCCCCCUGGGCUUCUCGACGUCAUGAUAUAGUGGGUGGCUCGGGUGACAGGGGUCUUUGUUUCUUUGCCUGCGGUCUCGUGGAGCCCGUGGAGCGAAUUGUGAACCGUCUUGACUUUGACAACUCGCCAUUUCCCGAUCCACUCGAGUCGGAGUAUUUUAUGUCAGUCGACGCCUGCUCGUUGGUCGUGUGGCCCGGUGGCCCUACCUGUAGAAGUGCCAAAAAUGAUAGUUAUAUGCAUAGAAAGUUCCUACAUGUUAGAAAAUGACUUUUACAACCCC